CCAUGCGGAAAACCGUGAAGUGGAAUAUCUGCGCGAUCGCGUUGACAUCUAGGAAGUUUAUCGUAAGAUGUCGGGGGAUGUUUUGUGCGACGAGCCGCUGGUAUGCUCGCGGACGACGAAAUGACUUGCUUGUCGUGGCGCACGUCUGCUAAAUUCCGGCCUAAAUUAAAUCCCAAAGUGUUGUAAGCAUCACGCCGCCGGUAGGAUCGAGCCACGUCCUCCAGUCGUCUGUCGCCGUCGACGCCGAAACGGAAAGAACAGUGGAGACGGGAGCCAAAACGGAGGCGCGAGGACUGUGCCAGUGUAUGUGUGUGCGUACCACUGCCAGGACCUGAGCUGGAAUGGGAGCCAAGGCAAGCACCGUAGCACAAUCCGCUGGUGGCAACGGUCAAUCCUCCACUGGGGCCAAUGAGACCACAAUGCAGGGUUUCUCCAUGCUCCGUUCCCUGCCUGGUGGUGUGGGCAUGCUGCAGCAUCAGCAUCAGCAGGCUAAUCAGUCGCAGAACACACGUGUGUCCGGGGAUAGUAGACAGCGUGCACGCUCUUUGAGUUCCGUUCCUGAUCUCUCCUCCUCUGAGCAGGCCGGUCUCUCUACCUCGGUAGGGGUUGGUGUCGCAGGGGUUGGAGUUGGACCCCUUGGCCUGCCGCAACUGAUCCCGGAUUCCGACGACACGGAUGAGGAGAGUGGUCGCGUUUACGCCGCUCAUAGCUUGCCUUCGCACAUUUGGUCCCUUAACGGUAAGUUUAUGGACUUAUCUAAACACCUCAUUUAGAGCCGGUUGUACCAACUUCUUGGUAGAUUUAUCCAUCAAUCACCCAUUAUUACCCAAAUAUCAAUGUAAAUAGAGAUCUUAAUACAAUGGUUGGAAGAGUAAAAUUAUCUUUUGAUAAUAACAAUUUAACCCAUAGAUAAACUUUACAAUAGAUGAAACAAUAAUUAUUGAUAUUUAUCUAAUGGGUGAUUGACGGGUAAAUCUAUCAAAAAGUUGGAACAACCGGCCCUUGUAUACCUUUAUCU